UACAAAGUCAGCUUUUGGAGAUGACAGUUCGAUCCAUGGAGACGGAAUAGAGAGUCCUUGACAGAAAGAGAAGGACAAAAAAAGGUUUUGCUUGUCAUGGGCAACAGGCCAACCAGUGGACUCACUUGGAAACCAGGCUGCAGCGAUACUUUCUGAGAGGAAUUUGGCUGUUUGUUCCGCGAAUGGAAAUAUCCAGACGUAACCUUACGCCCAUGCGACGAGAUACAAGGCUGUUGUGAUGUACAGUAAGCGAUCCAAGCAACCAGAAGCAUGAAUAUUUAAACAGGAAUAGUCUCUUGGUCAUUUUGACAUAAGGACCGAGCUGCAUGGAUGCACCGCUGGUUACAAAUAUAUGGUGCUGAGAAGAGAAGGUCAUUAAUUAGUAUCAUUAGUGAUAUUUAUAUUAUUGUUAUUAUUACUGUGGAUACGUCUACUCUACUGAAAGAUUCUUCCAGGAAGGAUUUAAUCGUCUAUUUUCUCUCACACAGUGACCUUACACAAACCACCCAAAGCGUUGUCAUUUCUUUUAUAAAGACAUUAUUUGUAGCCCCAGUCGGAGGCUACGCUUGAACAUGUCCAAACCACAUAGAAGUGGACUGUCGUUCUGAUCAGGAUACGCGACCUACUCUAUAAAAUUAAAAACGACGCACAGCUACAUGGUGACAAUAAGGAUAUAUACACCACGACAGUUAUGGAACCACGAAAGGACGACGGAAUGAUCCCCGUGGCUACGCGUAUGUGUAUUUUACUUUACAUGCUUUUAUGACUCGACUAUGGACCUGUAGCCUGUUUAGACCCAUCGUCAAGGUAAACACGUUUAUUCAUCGAGAGGUUAAAUACGCGAUUAGUUUGGUCGAAGAUAUGCGACAUCCCCACCGUAUAUGACUGGCGCUCUGUAUCGAGUAAACCGGCUGCCUGCUCUCCGUUUUAAUUCUUAUUUGAAAAUGGACGUGCACCUUCCUUAUCUGUCUCACCGACCUUAAAAAGGCACACACCACUGACUGCCUGCGGGAUGGAAACAUGGAAACAGGGCAAUAAUUAAUGUCCGUCAUACGGAAACGGGGUAUUUCAUUUUGAAGCCUUACUUGCCCAGGCAGUUAUUGCGAGGAGGCCCGUUAGCAACCCACGUAGACUCCAUUGUAUUUAUCAUCAUAUUUUAGCUAUAGGAAAAAAAACGGAUGUCUUGGUCUAUGACAAGUAUACAUAUAUGAAUAAUGACCAAUGUUGUAUCGCGUUUGGAAUUUAUUUCAAAUAACAGUCUUAUCGGGUAUUAAAUAUAAAUGUAUUGUGAGGAAAUCAUAUGAUCUACGAAAACAUGAAAGUCGUCAAGACCUCCGUUACAUCUAUCAGAGGGGCUAGAAGAGACGCAAAAACCAGAAGUCUGGCCAAAUCCCCUGCAGGGUCUGUGACGGCAGUCUGAUUGCACUGGAGAGCUGAGAAACCCCUUGAACCCAUGUGGCGUUUAAUAAACAGCCAAUCUCUUAACGUCUUGUUGACCAUUUGGCAUUUUUAGAAGCAAUCCGAGAGAUAAAAACACUUGAUUUCAUAUUAACUAGCUAUUCACAAUGAACUCUUCUAGUCUUCUUACUGAGUUUUUAAAUGAAAAUCAGAAAAGAGGUCUGAGCAUAUAUGCUUUAAUUUCCAGAUACCUGCAUGAAAGUGCCUUUAUAAAUGCUAAUAUAUAGAGAAUGCACCAGUGAUCAAACUGCCACCACACUGAUAAAACCAGUGCCUGGGCAGACCAGCUGCAGCUCUGUUUACCGAUUUCUCCCUCCUCCUAAAAAUAAGGUCUGAAUAAGGUUGAUGUGUUCUGCAUGGAUUUUGUGCAUGAGUUGACAGAGGGUUUCCCCCAGCUAUUGAGACCGCACCGCUGACCUGCGGCACUCAGCCAUGGACCCAUACUCAAGACUGAGCGGCAUGGGCGGAGGGGGGUGCGCAGGGGCUGCCCCGCUCUCCUGCGCCAGCUGUGGGGGCUCUGGUGGGCCAUCUCCCCCCACCAUCCUCCUGCCGAACGCCGGCCACACCCACUGUCUCGCGCUGGCCGAGAACGGCGGCAGCUGGAACUCUUCUACGCUUUCCUCCUCGGCCAGUUCGCCCGACUCACACCUGCAGCCGCACUGCGGUGCCUCCAGCCCCUACUGGACGGCUGUGUUUGACUACGAGGCUGCAGCGGACGAGGAGCUGACCCUGCGGCGCGGCGACCUGCUGGAGGUGCUCUCCAAGGACUCCAAGGUGUCCGGGGACGAGGGCUGGUGGACCGGCAAGAUCCAGGACAAGGUGGGCAUCUUCCCCAGCAACUACGUGACGCGGCGGGACACCACGCUGCCCCCGGACGGCUUGCUCGUGGGCGGCGAGAGCCCUUUGGAGAUCGACUUCGUCGAGCUGUGCUUGGAAGAGGUGAUCGGCGCGGGAGGCUUCGGAAAAGUCUACAGGGGCGUGUGGAGGGGCGAGGAGGUGGCGGUGAAGGCGGCCCGGCAGGACCCGGAUGAGGACAUCAGCGCCACAGCGGAGAGCGUGAGGCAGGAGGCCCGCCUCUUCUGGAUGCUCCGGCACCCCAACAUCAUCUCCCUGCGCGGCGUCUGCCUGAAGGAGCCCAACCUUUGCCUGGUGAUGGAGUACGCCCGGGGCGGGGCGCUCAACCGGGCACUGGCGGGGAAGAAGGUCCCACCCCGGGUGCUGGUGAACUGGGCCGUGCAGAUCGCCACUGGGAUGGACUACCUGCACAACCAGACCUUCGUGCCGGUUAUCCACAGGGAUCUGAAGUCCAGUAACAUUCUGAUUCUGGAGCCCGUGGAGAGGGACAACCUAAGCGGCAAGACGCUGAAGAUCACGGACUUCGGGCUGGCACGCGAGUGGCACCGCACCACGAAGAUGAGCGCGGCGGGCACCUACGCCUGGAUGGCUCCGGAGGUCAUUAAGCUGUCCCUCUUCUCCAAGAGCAGCGAUGUCUGGAGUUUCGGCGUGCUGCUGUGGGAGCUGCUGACCGGCGAGGUGCCGUACCGGGAGAUCGACGCGCUGGCCGUGGCCUAUGGGGUGGCCAUGAACAAGCUGACCCUCCCCGUCCCGUCAACCUGCCCCGAGGCCUUCGCCCAGCUGCUGGGGGAGUGCUGGAGCCCCAACCCGCACAGCCGCCCCUCCUUCGGCUGCAUUCUGAAGAGGCUGCUGGCCAUCGAGCAGUCCUCCCUCUUCCAGAUGCCCCUCGAGUCCUUCCACUCGCUGCAGGAGGACUGGAGGCUGGAGAUCCAGCAGAUGUUUGACGAGCUGAGGGCCAAGGAGAAGGAGCUGCGUUCUUGGGAGGAGGCCCUGGCUCGGGCUGCAGAGGAGCAGAGGGAGCAGGAGGAGGUGCUGAGGAGGCGGGAGCAGGAGCUGGCGGAGCGGGAGAUCGACAUCGUGGAGAGGGAACUGAACAUCAUCAUCCAUCAGAUGUACCAGGAGAAACCGCGCGUCAAAAAGCGCAAGGGCCACUUCAAAAAGAGCCGCCUGCUGAAGCUGGGCCGCGACGGCAACUGCAUCAGCCUGCCCUCUGAUUUUGAGCAUAAGAUCACGGUGCAGGCCUCUCCCAGUGUGGAUAAGAGGAAAACUCAGGGCAGCGAGAGCACCACUCCUCCGGCCAGCCCCGGGGUCAUCCCCCGCCUCCGAGCUAUCCGCUUAACCCCCAGUAACGGGAGGAACACGUGGGGGCGCACGGCCACGUACAAGAAGGAGGAGCUGGCAGGAACCAAAAAGAAGGUGCGCACCUGGGGUCCCAGCUCCACCCACCAGAGAGAGCGGGCCGGCGGAGAGGACAGGUUAAAAUCCCUCGGGGAAGGGAAGGUGUGGUCCUCCAGUGCCCCUAACCUGGGCAAAUCACCCAAACAUGCACCUAUAACGGGAGGCUUCUCCAGUCUCAACGAGAUGGAGGAGCACUGCGAAUUCGAGGAGCACCUGGCACCGGAGAGCAGCAACAGUAACGGCGCCACGUCGGAGGAGGGGGGCCACGCCUGGGCCGGGGUGGGGUCGGGCGUGGGCUCCCAGGACUGCGCGCGGCGCUGCGGUCAGAGGAAGAAGAGCGACCUGCUCCUGCUGGGCUGCGCCUCCAUCCUGGCCUCCGUGGGCCUCGGUGCUGACCUCUUCCAGCUGGGAAGGCUGCAGGUGAGCCAGGAUGAGCAGGAGGCGCGGGAGGAGCAGCGGAGGAAGAAGGAGGGCCUGUUCCAGCGCACGGGUCGCUUCCGCCGUAGCACGUCGCCGCCCAGCCGCACGCUGUCCCUGUCCCUCUCGCACGGCCGUCGCCACGACUCCGCCCUGCCCUGCCUUGACCCCUCUCCCUCCGUUACGCUCCUCUCUCUCUCCUCCCUCUCUGACUGCAACUCCACCAAGUCCCUGCUGCCCUGCGACCCGGACGAGCCGCCCCGCACCCCUCCCGCCCCCCUCCGUCAACCCUCACCCGCGCCCUCCCACAACCCCCUCCUGGACCUGCGGGCGGAGAGCUUCAAACGGGAGCCCAACCAGUCGCUCACCCCCACCCACGUCUCCGCUGCCAUGGCCGUGAAUCGCGGGCACCGCCGCACGCCCUCCGACGGGGCCAUCCGACCCCGGGCACAGACGGUAGUCGCGCACCGUCGCUCACCGUCAGAUGGCAGUAUGCCCAUCCCCCCUCCAUCUGCCCCCCAUGUCUCCACACAUACAGGUUCUCGUGACACUCUCGAGAUCCCCCGUCUGCCCGACCCGGCGAGCAUCUACCCCGUGGUGCCCCGGCGCAAAGCGCCCCCUCCCCCUGCCCUGCCUGUCGGGACGGACGACCAAGGCUGCGCCGCCCUCGAGCGGCCCAAGACCCUGGAGUUCGCCCCUCGACCUCGCCCGACCCCGGCCCGGGCGCGGCCGGACCCCUGGAAGCUGUCAUCACUGUCUCGGACCAUCAGCUCGUCGCCGGGCAGCAGCUGUGACAGCCCACUGGGCUCCGGAGACAGCAGCGUGUGCGCAGGGGCUGGCGCUGCAUGCCAGACCUUGCUGGACAUGGACAUGGAGGGCCAGAGCCAGGACAGCACGGUGCCCCUGUGCGGGGAACAAGCCCCGCCCACGCUGUCCGGACAGCACUUCGUAUAGAGACGCGGCGAGCCGGUUACGGCCCCGCCUGCAUCACAUGGCCACUGUUGUGUUGAGCCAUAGAUGUUUCUAGACCACUUUUUGACCAGAAACCAGAG